GAAUAUAACUCAGGGAAACGAAUGUAUGUCCAAAUGGUCUCUAAAUCGGUACGAGGAAACCUAUAAAGACAGGUGACCGAGCAUCUAUCGAGUGGUCCUGCCAUUGAUUAGAAAUGUUUGCAACAGGAAGCCUCGAUUUCUCGCCUGGGCAAACAUUUUGCAACUCAUUUUUGCGAAGCUUUUACGCCAUACCGCGACAUCGACUCCAGCCCGUGUCUGGCAGUGACGAAAACUGGAGUCAUAACGUCGCCAUUAAAAAAACAAUCAUUCGCGGGAGCAGCUACUAGGCGGUUUUGUCUCUCGCUCUAUCGUGAUCACCGACGUGGUGUGACAAGCAAAUUAAUGCUUUAACGAGACCGUUCUUUUGCGAGCCAGAUCGUUCCUAUAAAAUGAGAUUUUCGCUGAUCGUGCAAACAGUCCAUCGACGGUCCUCCGAGGGAACAAAUAUGGCGCUUGUAGAGAGACUGAUCCUUGUUGCAUUGCUUUCGAUCGUGGUCACUGAUGCUUAUCCAAAAGCACUUGGAGGUGGACACGCGCAUUCCUUUCACCAUUUCACCGGACCAGUAGAAGGUCAUCACGAAGAGGUCAGCUGGAAGGACAAGCACGGCCACGUUCACCACGAUUACAAGGCUCACCCCAAGUACAAGUACUCCUACGGCGUGGAUGAUAAACACACGAAGGACUAUCAUGGACAGCAUGAGCAUCGCGACGGUAAAGAAGUCGAGGGAGAGUACCAUCUUCACGAACCAGGCGGCAACAUAAGAGUAGUGAAGUAUCAUUCGGAUCCUCAUGGCGGGUUCUUCGCCGAGGUCCACAACCAUGGAGGAAACGAUCACUCUGGUGGCACUUACGGUGGUCACAAACACGUCGUUUUAGUUUCCUUGGUCGCCUUCGCGGCAGUGCAGAGCGGGUCGGCAGGACACGCUCACAGCUUCGCCCAUUUCCAUGGUCCCGUGGAAGGGCCACACCACGAAGUCUCCUGGCACGGACAUCAUGGACAUCACGUUGACUACGUGGCUCACCCCAAGUACGACUUCUCCUACGGAGUCGAGGAUCAUCACACCGGCGACUACCACGGUCAGAAGGAGCACAGGGAUGGCAAGAACGUGGUCGGUGAAUACUCCCUCAAAGAACCAGGUGGCAACGUCAGGGUGGUUAAAUACCAUGCCGACCCCCAUGGAGGAUUUUUCGCUCACGUACACAAUUCCAACGGUAACAAUCACGAGGGUGGUACAUACGGUGGGCACGGAGGACACGGAUAUGGACACUACUAACGACGACAGGCGACGAUUCCCAUAGGAAAUUGGAUUACGUCCUCUGAAUUAGUCAGAAGCGUUUCCAAUGGCUUUGUUAUAUUAAUUACUUAAUAUGCAACGGUUUGUUUGGACCAAAGAAUAAUGAA